GAGCACCGAUCAUCGGCCUCAGCAGCAGCAGCCAUGGCUCACGGAUGGGGAUACGGACCGGGCAACGGACCCGACACCUGGGGGGAGGAAUACCCGCUGGCUAACGGCCCCCGGCAGUCCCCCAUCGACAUAGUGACCAAGGAGGCCCAGUAUGACCCGUCGCUGAAGCGUCUGAAGCUCCAGUACGACCCGUCCAACGCCAAGGGCAUCCUGAACAACGGACACUCCUUCCAGGUGGACUUUGUGGACGACACGGACAGCUCCACGCUGACUGGAGGCCCCGUCCCUGGAACCUACCGUCUGAAGCAGUUCCAUUUCCACUGGGGGGGCAGAGACGACCGAGGCUCUGAGCACACCAUCAACGGCAUCAGGUUCCCCUGUGAGCUCCACCUGGUCCACUGGAACACCAAGUACCCCAGCUUCGGGGAGGCGGCCGAUAAGCCCGACGGACUGGCUGUGGUGGGGAUCUUCCUGAAGAUCGGUGCAGCCAACCCCCGCCUCCAGAAGGUUCUGGAUGCUUUGGACGCCAUUAAGACCAAGGGGAAGCAGACCACCUUCUCCAACUUUGAUGCAAGAACUCUCCUUCCUGCUUCCCUGGAUUACUGGACUUAUGAGGGCUCUUUGACCACCCCACCCCUGUUGGAGAGCGUCACCUGGAUUGUUCUCAGGGAGCCAAUAAGUGUCAGCCCUGCACAGAUGACCAAGUUCCGGAGCCUCCUGUUCUCUGGAGAAGGAGAAGCUGCAGCCUGCAUGGUUGAUAACUUCCGUCCUCCUCAGCUCCUCAAGGGCCGCCGAGUCCGAGCCUCCUUCAAAUAAACCUCAUUUAUCCUCCUUCAAAUAAACCUCAUUUAUCCUCCUUCAAAUAAACCUCAUUUAUCCUCCUUCAAAUAAACCUCAUUUAUCCUCCUUCAAAUAAACCUUAUUUAUCCUCCAAAGCAGCGAUGCCGUAGCUCUCUAGUUUAUGUUUUCUAUGCCAGCUUCUUAACUCUACUUGGUUUCUCUGUGGCUCCUCUGGUCCCUGCAGUCCGUUUAGUUCAGCUCCAUCUGGUUCGUUUUCUCUCAGAUGUUAGAAAAUCACAUCAAACUCAUUAGAUCACCUUUUUAAUCGCCGCCAUCUUUAAACCAGUUUGAUAAAGUCUGGAAUAUAAUAUCUGGUAUCCUGAUGCUCUGGAAAUAAAAGCCUUUGUUCUGUUC